UUUAAAUCUGUGUCGGUCCCCACCUAUUUGGUCUGAAUGUGGACUUCUCUGGAGAAGGAUGUGCUGAGGGGCUUCUCAGUGACAUCGCAAUCUGAACCACCAGUGAAUGCAGAAAUCAGCUCACUGCUGCGGCAGCUGUUUGAAGGCAAUUAUGAAAGUAUUCUCCUCAGUCCACGUGUGCAGGACAUCUUCACAGCACCAACCACACAUGAGAAGAUUGAUCUCUACCUGGAGAAACACAUAUCUGCAUACUUAGAUACCUCUUCUGAUCUUGAUGAUGACAGACAGUUGGUGGUAUUUCUUUUGGGAGUUUGCUGCCUUCACCUUUUUGUUCAGAGUAAUUGGACUGGACCACCUGUCAAUUCAGAACCCCAAGAUUUCUUACCACCGUCAUUAUUUGAACAAUCUUCAGAGAGUAAAGCAGUGUGUGCUGAGAUUCUGAGCACGCUCGUUCUUGAUGGGGAAUCAGUCUACAGCCUGACAGCCAAUCCAAUCUUCUUACUGCUGGCCAGAGUAAUCCUCGUGAACCUCCGGAACAAACUCACAGCAUUCCAGUUGCUACCAUGUUGGACCCUAAGAUGCGUGAACAUACAUCAGCAGUUACUGGAAGAGAGGUCUCCUGAGCUGUUUGCUGUUGCUACAACCUGCAUUGAUGAAGUUAAAGGAAUUGAAAACUUGUUUACAGAAGAUUCCAUGGGCUUAUUUGUACAACUUCACCUAGAGCUUGGAUAUACGUGUCUGUAUUAUUACGACUACAAAAAUGCAAAGCAACAUCUCCAAACAGCUAAAGAUAUAACCAAACUAGAGGUUCUUCUCACUGGUGCUUUGGGAAAACGGACGCGCUUUCAGGAAAACGACUUGGCUCAGCUUGUUCUCGAUGUGCAGAGGAAAGGGGACUCCUUCCUACGCAACGGACUGACGCCAACCCCGACCCCUGUAGAGAGCCUGCCAAAGAGCCUCGAAUUACAAGAUGACACCAUUUUAAAUAAGGUCAAAUUUGCGGAUCCCGAUCAGUUCCAGAUGCCUGACCUGUGUGCGGAGGAACUGGCACUGAUCCUUGGAAUUUGCAUUGAUUUCCAGAAGAACAACCCAGUGCACAAAUUAACAGACGAGGAAUUGCUGGCAUUCACUUCAUGUUUGCUUUCACAACCAAAAUUCUGGGCCAUCCAAACCAGUUCACUAAUUCUAAGGACCAAAUUGGAAAAAGGAAGUACUCGACGUGUUGAAAGAGCUAUGAUGCAGACUCAGGCGCUUGCUGACCAGUUUGAAGGAAAGGAGCCACCUGUCAGUGAACGUCUGAAAGUUUUUUACUGUUCGCAGAUGCCUCCAAUUUGGCAUAUUCAGAGACAACUUGCCAGCUUACUGUUUGACCUGGGAUGUACUAGUUCCGCUCUGCAGAUCUAUGAGAAGUUAGAGAUGUGGGAAGAUGCUGUCAUCUGCUAUGAACGAGUAGGACAGCAUGGGAAGUCUGAAGAGAUUCUGAGGCGAGAGCUGGAGAAAGAAGAAACACCACAUCUCUAUUGUCUUCUUGGAGAUGUUCUUCGAGACCACCAGCACUAUGACAGAGCUUGGCAACUGUCCAAGCAGCGAAGUGCCCGCGCUAUGCGCUCAAAGGGUCUUCUUCAUCUACGGAACAGGGAGUUCCAGGAAUGUGUGGAAUGCUUUGAAAAAUCUGUUAUGAUCAACCCAAUGCAGCUUGGCGUUUGGUUCUCCUUGGGAUGUGCCUAUAUUACAUUGCAUGGAUAUGAGGGAGCUGCUAAAGCUUUUCAACGCUGCGUAACUCUGGAGCCUGAUAAUGCCGAAGCUUGGAAUAAUUUGUCAACAGCCUAUAUCCGGCUAAAACAGAAGCAAAGAGCUUUCCGAACUCUGCAAGAAGCCAUUAAAUGUAACUUUGAACACUGGCAGAUCUGGGAGAAUUACUUAGUGACCAGCACAGACGUGGGGGAGUUUUCAGAGGCAAUUAAAGCUUAUCAUCGGUUAAUGGACUUGCGUGAUAAAUACAAAGAUGUACAGGUACUAGAGAUAUUGGUUAAAGCGGUUUCUAAUGGCAUAGAGGAUUGCAGGGGUGAAUCUUCAAGCAGCCUGAAAGCCAAGCUACAGGAAUUGUUUGGUAGAGUGACCUCAAAUGAUUCCAGUGAUGCCAAUAUAUGGAGAGCAUAUGCUAAACUGUAUGGGAAUGGUGAAUCGGAAAACAUGGACGAUAAUGAAAAGGCCUUGCAGUUUCUGACAAAAGCUCACAAGUGUGAUACUCAGAAAAGUGGCUGGCAAAAUGAUAUUCCUUCAUUCAAAGAGAUUGUAAACGGAGCUGUGGACCUUGCGCACGUGGCAAUAAAAUGCAGUCGAAACAAAACGAAUGCUCAGGAAGCAGUGCAGAUGCUGUCCUCGGCUCGUCUCAAUCUCCGUGGCUUGUCCUCUAAAGCAAAGCAACUCUUUACAGAUGCGGAAAGUGGACACGUCUCUGCAGAGCUGGCAGAAGAAGUCCAAACAAUGGACAGUCUUAUCAUGGAGCUCCAAGAAAUCGGAAAUCAGUUCCGAAACCAGUGUUAAAGGAACAUUUAAAAAAUAAACAUACUUUUGUGGAAGAACUCGGCCUCCAUGUGUAACUUUGCUUAAUAAAGACUUUCUUUAUAAGAAA